GGGUGGGGGACGGAAGCCGAGCCUGGCCGGUCGCGCUCAGCUCCAUGUCCCCUCUCGGCUUGCCUCCCGCCGCCGCCUGCCAUGGCCGCCCCCGGCCGAGACCCCUUCCACGCGGGCAGCGCGGACGAGGCGGACGAGGCUGUGCGCGGCACCUGCGAGGACGCCUCCGUCUGCAAGCGGUUUGCUGUCAGUGUCGGCUACUGGAAGGACCCCUACAUCCAGUACUUUGUGAGGCAGGCAAAAGAAAGGAAAGCGCCUGAAAUCAAUAGAGGGUACUACGCUCGUGUCCAUGGGAUCAGUCACCUGCUCAAGGCUUUUUUAAAGAAGACAGAAUGCAAUUGCCAAGUCAUAAACCUCGGUGCUGGUAUGGACACCAUGUUCUGGAGGCUGAAGGAUGAAAAUCUUCUUCCUAGAAAAUAUUUUGAAGUGGAUUUCCCAACGAUAGUUACAAGAAAAAUAUAUAACAUCAAAUCAAAACCUCCCCUGUCAAAGCCAAUUAUGGAAUCCCAUUCAGGGGAGUCUCUCUUAAUAGAUGCUCACAGCCUAGAUUCCUGUCGAUAUUCUAUCAUUGGAGCAGAUCUCAGAAGCUCAUCUGAGCUGGAGGAAAAACUAAAGAAAUUUAACAUGGAUACACAAUUGCCAACGCUUCUCAUCACAGAGUGCGUGCUGGUCUAUAUGACGCCGCAGCAGUCUGCAAGUCUUCUGAAGUGGGCUGCAAGCACUUUUCAGACAGCCAUGUUCAUAAACUACGAGCAGGUGAACAUGGCUGAUCGGUUUGGACAGAUCAUGAUUGAGAACUUGCAGAGAAGGCAGUGCAACCUGGCUGGCGUGGAAGUCUGCUGGUCCUUAGAGUCUCAGAAGGAGCGAUUGUUGUUAAAUGGCUGGGAAACGGCAAACGCCAUUGACAUGAUGAAAGUCUACAGCUCUCUGCCACAGGCUGAUGUCAAAAGAAUAGAGGGGCUUGAAUUCCUGGAUGAAAAGGAGUUGCUUGAGCAGCUAAUGCAGCACUACUGCAUCUCCUGGGCCUCAAAAGACAGCAGUAACCUGGGUCUUGAAACCAUCACAUUUUAAUGUACUCGCUUCGAGGGAACCCCAGGCCCCACGUCGAAGCGGCCGUCUGCUGCUGGAGUCGAGCUCCCACAAGUGAUGGGACUGUGCACGUGCAAGCUCCAGCCUGCCCACCCUCCACCCAGUGCCAGUGGAAAGAGAGUGACCAGUGCGGUGCUGCUGAUGCUGACCCUUUCUUGUUGGCUUGUCGUUGUUUUAAUAAAUCUCUGUUGUCCUUUGCGAGCGGUUUUGUUCUGCUGCAAGAUUCGUCUCUUCUCAGGGACGUGGCAUUGGACUGCUUUUGGUGGGGGUGGGAGGGGUUUCCCAUGUCCUGUUUAAAACCCCCGCGCCCUUUGAGAGAGCAGUUGUGUUGUCCCUCCCCUCUUGUCCCUCGGCAUGUGUGUGAAAUGCAUUUGUGAAGGGCAGACAGGAUACGUCGUGCCUGUGGCCUGCAUUAAAGGGUAUUUUGUUGCACUGCUUGCA